AUGGGAAAUUGCAUAAAGCCAUCAACAAAACAAAGGCAACUUGAAGAGGAAGACAUGGAGCAGUACGAUCAUCAAGAUUAUCAAGAGAGAGAAUUGGAGGCUGAGUGUGGGAAGGAAAGUAAUGAGAAGGGUAGUCUUAAGGUUAAGAUAGUGCUUACAAAGGAGGAGCUGGAGUGGUUGAUGUUUCAGCUGAAAUUUAAUGAAGGGAAGAAGCUAGAAGAUGUUCUGCAAGAGAUUGAAAGAGAAAGAGAAAGAGCGAAAGUUAAAUCUUGGAAACCUUCUUUGGAGAGCAUCUUGGAGAGCCCUGAAGGGCUCGAGAUGGAAAGAUUUUGA